CUCUCUACAUGCUUACAUUUCUAUGGCUUUAGCGAAAGUCAGUCAGUCAGUAAGUCAGAGACUGAUAAAAGCAUCCGAGAAAGACACGCACGGCGUUAUAAUAAAGAGCUGUACAGGAGAAAUCAUGGCAUCUUUAAAUCUCGGAUUUAACGGGGCUCGGAAAAAAGCAGCAGCGCGUAUCAGAGCCGUGGAGAGGAGGAAUCUGAUCACCGUGUGCAGGUUCUCGGUGAAGACCCUCAUUGAUCGCUCGUGUUUUGAAACGAUAGAUGACGCAUCUGCUGAGUUCAUCAACUUUGUGUCUAUUCUGGAACAUAUUCUGAGCCACAGACUGAAAGGUCAGGUCAGUUGGUUUGGCUAUGAGAGUCCACGCAGUUUCUGGGAUUACGUACGUGUAGCGUGUAGUAAAGUACCACACAGCUGCAUCCACAGCAUUGAAAACAUGGAGAACGUCCGCAGCUCCAGGGCAAAGGGUCGUGCCUGGAUCAGAGUAGCGUUAAUGGAGAAACGUUUGUCUGAAUACAUUUCGGCAGCUCUGAAAGACUUUAAAACUACCAGGAGGUUCUAUGAGGACGGGGCGGUAGUUCUGUGCGAGGAGGCGGGGCUUCUUGCGGAUACUCUGAUUGGCCUAAAUGCCAUUGACUUUAGUUUCUGUCUAAAGGGGGAGGUGCUUGAUGAGAGCUGUCCAGUGGUCAUUGACUACACACCGUACCUUAAAUUCACACAGACAUCUGACAGCAUCAGCAGUGAUGAAGAGGAGAUGAGGACGCUCGGCAGCAGUGGAAGUGAAGCAGGAACUCCUGAAGCCUACAUGGCGGCAAGUCUGAUGGCCGAUCAGAGCAGCUGGUACAGCAAGAGUAAAAGACUGGAGCAGAAAUACAGAGUCGUGCUGGAACAGAAGGGUUAUCUGGAGGAGCUGGUGCGUCUGAGAGAAGCUCAGCUGUCCGAGUCAGUGUCUCAGAAUACAUCUCUCCUGCAGCGCCUCACAGACACUGAAAUCAGCCACAAACAGGAGAAAGAGCAGCUGGAGAUCAUCAUCCUGGAGCUUCAGGAUCAACUAACGGUGAUGAAGAACCAUGACCUGCGCUCCAGACAGGAGCUUACUUCCCACUUGACAAAUCAGUGGCCCUCACCUGCUGCCUUGGAUGCUAACGCUGUUGCCUUGGAUACGCUCCUGUACAGGAAACGCACAGGACCAUGGGAUGAUAAGAGCUUCCAAAGUUUGGAGCAUCUUUCUGCAGAUAUGAGUCUAUCUCAGGCGUCUCUGGAUCCACCACAGCUGAACCCUCACAGUCUGGACAGCAAGGCAGGACUUUCACACUGGCACAGGGAAGGGAAAGAGGAUACUCCAUCUCUUAGGGGGUUGUGUGGAUCAAUGACCUCGAUGGCCAGUUACAAAUCUCUUGCCAGCCUAAAGUCAAGUGAGUAUCUGGCCAGUCCCACAACAGACAUGACCAGCCCAGGACUUACUCCGUCCUGAACACGGCAGAAAAGUAUGGACAUUAUACGCAUAGACAGACACAUUCACACAAACACAAUGUCCUACUUGACAAACAAUGGUUUGGAUUGUACAUUGAGAGAAAAUAUAGGAUAAACGAUUAGAAAGAAAAACUACACUACCAUGCUCAGUGUUUCUCAGAGAGACAUUUCUGCUGGACAAGGCAACACCCCAGUUCUGGUUGUAGUCUAAUUUAAUUUGUUCAGUAUGUCAUUGAAGUUUGUGUUUAUUAUUGUUUAUCAACUUCCUCACACACACUUACCAUCUGUUUAAUGAAUCUCAUGGAACGACAAUCUUGACUCAGGACAUCAGGAAUUCGAGCCUUUUGUAAAACAACCCAGAUUUCAUUUUUGCAUUUACCAGUUUAUUUUGUUAUUUUAAUUUUGAGCUUGAGGUCAUUUUGUUUGUAAAAUCUCAUCUGUGUGGAAUUGCAAGUUAAUACGAGUGGAACUUUGGCUUCCAGCUAAACUAUUAGAUACAUUUAAAGUUUAUUUACACCUACUUUAUCAAUUCAAAUAUUUAUUCAUCCUUAAGUUUAAAAAUUCCAACACUGAUUUAUUUUGAGAUAGAUAAGUGUAGCUCACUGAGAUCUUGACUUUACGGAAAGCUUAACGUACAGUCAAAUCCGGGCACAGGGCAUAGGAAUGUUGCAUCAUCCUAAAGAGCUGUUCGUUGCAAUAUUGACCAUUGAGUCUACAUUACGCUGCUUGAUACAUGGCUACUGACCAGAUAAAUAAAUAAAUGAACAGGAAAUAUUGAUUUGAGUUGAAGAGAGAGGAAGCAGAGUGAUAUGAGAAACGUAAAUAUGGCAUAGCUAUACACGGUUCAGCACAGCAGCAUUGUGGUCAAUUAAACGGUUUAGUGGUCAUUAUACGAAAAUAUUAAACCUCAGAAUGCUGUUAUUGACCAAGGGAUUUGUGUAAUAAAUCCCUUGAAAGGCGUAAUGAAUUCACACAGUAUAAGUACUUGGUAUUUGUAAUGAGAAUAUGGGAAUCUCACAGCGCAUUUAAACUGCAGUGUUAAAACUGUACAAGGUUUACAUAAACAAAUAGUGUGGGUAUAUCACCUUUCAUGUUUCAAAUAACUGUAAAUGUCAAAUAGACCGUUUUUAAUGGUAAUUUUAAUGAUGGUGGUUGUCAGGAAUAUUUGGCCCACUUUUUGCAUGAGUUUUUAAAGUGGUUUUUAAAAUGUAAUGGGGUUUGGUGACAUUGACUGUGAAGAAAAAUUGGUUCAGGAACAAGUUAAUGCACUUUCAGUACAGAAAACAAACAAUCUUUUUUUUCAGCAUAACAUGCGUCAUGCACAAUAACACAAGAAAUGUGCAUUGCGUAAAAAGUUAUUUUCAUUUCACUUUCAAUUAAAAAUUCACCAUAGACAUAGUCAGAAACCUAAAGGUUUUGAAUGCUCUUGAUGUAUGACAUUGAUAUGUUCACCUUCUAUGUUUGCCUUAAUUCUCACACAUACAUCUGGUGUGCUGUAUGUAGAUGUUAACACAUUUUAAAUGAAGCAUAUAAGAUUCACUCCGUAUUCAGAAUUCUUCAAUCAGUGAACGUGCCCUCUUACAUGGAGUGCUCAUGCAUAUGUAUGAUCUAAUUUACAUAUCCACACACCACUACAUAUUCAUCAAACACAGGGUAUUAGUUAUGCAUAUUUUCUCACCAUCAUUCAGAGAGUGGCUAAUGUGCAUACAAUAAAAAUACAGUAUAUUAGACAGAACUGGAAAUAAAUAGUUGUUUUCUUAAUUUAAAAAGUUAAAAAAUAUUUUUUUAUCGAACUAGCUGGUUACUUGUAAUACUUGCUGCAAAAGUACAAAAAAGUGUUAAUAGUAAUAAUUAUAAACAGACUGGUUUUAGAAAAUCAGGUUAUGAGGCAUGCUAGGCCAUGAUUUAUAAUAAUUUCACGUUCAGAAAUGCAUAAUAGAAUUUCAGAUUCAAGACAAAAGCAUAUGAAGAGCUCUUGCCGAGCCGAGCAUCUGUGUUUUUAGCCUUUAAGAUUGUCUCGUCUGCCGAUGUGAUUUUCUUUUUGUACCACAGAAAUACGCUUUACAUGUAAACGCAUGUUGUACACUGUUCAGAGCUAGAUAUGAUAUGUCGUCAGAAGCCUGUACAUCUGACAGUGCAAGUUUUUCAAAUACAUUCAUUCAGUACUGUCUGAUUCAACACAUACAACGAAACAUAUUUGAUGUGUCUAGUGGACUGAAGGAAUGCAGCUGCGUACAUUAAGAAGUGCUUAUGAAAUACUGUAGGAAUUACGGUCUUAAUUUUCUUUUCUGGAUAGGUUGCUGACACAGUCGUUGUUUUUAAAUGGAAAAGUUAUCAUUUGUUUGAGUUAAACUGCUGAAUUUUAAUGCCUUGACUGACAUUUUUGAAUGUAUUCUUUUUUUAUGGCUUUUUACGUUUUGGGGGAUUUAGCUAUUGUUAAACUUGUUAAAAUUUGUCAAACUUUCUGUUCUAUUACAGUGUGACAGAAACAAAUGCUGUAAGCACAAUGAAGGCACACUGAGAUGAAUAUCAUAUAUUCAGUAUCAUUUGGUAUUAAUUUGUUCUGUCAUUUAAUUUAUGUCCUUAUCUACGCCCAUGAUUUUUCAAUAAACUGAAAUGUAAAUUCGAUCUUGGCUAAAGGCUGGUUUUGUCUCAAACAUAGACUUUUGUCAUCUGUAGUGUUUUGUGAUACUCGAUGUGGAUUUUCUUUUCUUUUUUGUCGAUAUUAGACUCACAAAGAACAGUUUCUAACCCUUGAAAUAUUGUAAGCCGUGCAUAGCUCAAAUUAAAAGAAAGGCAAUAUUCUGUA